UGAACGCUCAAAGUGACCGUUUCACACAUCUGGCCCCCCUUGAUGGCUGAAAAUCCCUAUGGACCCGUCGUGGACCGUUCGAAGGGUGAGUCUGUUCGAGAAGUGUGUAGCAGGAAGAGGUUGCUCAUUCUGUCCUUGCCAUUCGUUUAGUUAUAGAGGUGAAGCAGUAAAGAUCAGCAGCCGACCCUCUGAAUCAAUUGAACUGGCACAAGCAACACGAUCUGUGCUGCAAUGGUGGAUGCUGCCCGGCCCGUGUUGGGCUGAUGCAAGCGGUGAGCCUGCGGCCCCCACGCUGCCCUGCCGCCACAUGUGGUGCCUCUCUGUGUGGACUCGAAAGCUGGCUCUUGGUGGUUGCCUUCUUGGAAAGCUGCGAAGCUCUAAGCAAGGACUCCGCCGCCUUGGCUUCCGCCUCCAGCACCCUGGCGCGCACGCUGGGCGAUGAGGCGGCCUGGCGGGAGGCCGUCUUAGAAAGGGCCAGGUGCGCAGGUGCCGAAGAGCUGCGCUUCGAGGGAACCUGGCGACGUACUUUUCUGUGCAUUCACCAACGGGAAGCAGGCUGCUCGGCGACGACGCUCCAGUGGAGUUGUCGCUGUGGAGUGCUGUGGAGCUGUGCACCGCGGAAAAGAGCUGACCCAAAGGUCCUGAAGAAGGUGCGGAACUGGAUUGAGGGUGUGUCAGCUUGGGUGUGUCCUGAGCAGCCGUGCCAUUUCCAAGAGGUGCAGCUGGGCCACUUCUUCGCAGGAUGGCCAGGUGCCUGGACGCCGUGGCGCCUGCGCAAGACCUUCGGCCCCCGACGCUUCCGCGUGGCGCUGCCCGGCGCCGGCGAGGUCUAUCGGAUGGAGCUGGACCACUUUCUCCGCUAUGCCUUCGAAUCCUCGAUCAGCGAUUCCCAGCCGCCCCGCUGGGACGCCGAACCCUUGUAUCUCUUUGAUCCCAAGCCACCCUUGGCAUUGCGCCCCCUGCGGCAGCCCCAGCUCUCCACUCAGCUGGACCUGGCGCGGGAGAGAGGGUGCCCCGUCGCUGAAGCCUUGCGGAAGCUGGCCCGGGGAUGGCUGCUGAUUGGAGGCCCCGGCAGUGGGAGCCGUUUCCACGUGGACGCCUUCGGGACUGGAGCCUGGAGCGCCACGCUCUGCGGCGCCAAGCGCUGGGCACUCUAUCCGCCUGGCCGGCGGCCACCAGGGCUUCUUGACAUGGGUCCUGGACGCUUUGCCGCCCCCGCGCCGAUCUUCUGGUUUUCCGAGGUCCUGCCGCAGCUGAAGAGCCACGAACGACCCAUGGAGCUGGUGACCAAGGCAGGAGACCUGCUGUACAUCCCCCCCAACUGGUGGCAUUCGGUGCUGAAUCUCACCGUCACCGUGGCCUUCACCCGCAACGUGGCUUACGGCGAUCUGGCAGCUGAUCCGCUGCUUGGCUCACUCGCGGAAGCAAAAAGGAGUGGCCGUCACCGGUGCAAGAGCUCUGCCCCUCACUCCUGGUUUCAGGCAUACUUCCGGGAUCGCAAGGAUGCCAGCCGGGUGGUCCGGUAUCAGUCCUCCUGGCGAAGUUUCCGGAGAUCGGACGUCCCUCCCACCGAUCCUGGCGUGGUGCACAUGGCGUGGUCGGUGAUGCCUGAGAGCGGCGGUGCGGAGGGUUCCGGCCGGUGGCCGAAGCGGUGGCCGAACGGAGGUGCGGAGGAAAAGGUCUCCAUCCGACAAAUUGGGCAGGCGGUUCUGGCCUCCGGAGAGAAGGGGCAGGCACUCACCGUCGAGCGACAGGAAGCGCAAGCGACUGUCCUGACGAGUUGCUUGCCCUACUUGAUCAUCAUAUGCCUUAGUUCAUACGUGGUCGGUUUCGUGGCGAUCUUGGUCAUGGAUACAUGCUGGACACGUGUCAUCGAGUUGGACUACGGAGCUUUGGGCAUGAAUGUCGUCACCUUCAUUGGCAUCUUCAAAAAGGUCAUGAGUGACGCCAAGUUUCGUUCGAAGAUCUCUGACCAGCACUUGGCCCUGAUCUUCUACUUGCCUUGGAUUUGCAUCACUGCUCUUCAAAACUGGGGAUAUCGAUGUGGCCACGAGACUAGCACCUUGACUGCGGUGCAGUGCUGUUCUCGAAGAAAUAUGAAGAACAAUAAGAGAAGCAGCGAACAGUUAGCUGAUCAGGUGGGACUGGAGAUGUUCUUUCUUUGUUUGGUGGGUCUCGGUGCUUCUGCAUCCGCUCAGAGCUUGGUCGCCUGGAGUUUGACGAAUGCCAAAAGGGCCGAGGAGGCCAUGAGUGCCUUGGCAGCGGCGCGACAAGACCUCCUUGAGACUUGGCGACAACAGGACCAGCUCUUCUACGACCUCAUGGCGACAACCCACCUGAAGGGUCAGAAUGGGCUGAGACAGAAGCGUGCGGCCAAGCCCAAGGUGACAUCAUGGCCAUGGCACUGGGCGGGACAAGCUCUUCCAGCACCUGGAACCCCUGAAGGGGUCAACCACCUCAACCACUUGGAUGGCGCUAUGACCGCAGUGGACUAUGUCCCCGAGAAGGAAGCUGUGAUCCUCCUCUUCAAAGGCUUGAAAGGGAGACAGAACGAGCACCUGGAACAGUUGGCGUCCGGGUGCAUGACAUGUGCAAUGUAUGACGCUGAAGCACGUGGAGCUUGCGUGCUUGAACGGGCAAAACUGUCCAAUGAGCAUCAGCGCCAGAUGCUCAUUGGAACGGGCCAAAGUUUGGAGCCCGACACCAUCAAGGACGUGCUCCUCUUCUUAAUGGCCAGAACAUAA